CUUUUAAAUUUCAACGUGUAAACAUGGCACUUGACAAAGCGAAAUUGUGGAAACAAAGCUUAGAUUUUAAGCGAAUAUACUUAAGUUACAAAAUUAUUUUGGCGCAUAAUUAUCGCAAAUUAUUUGCUUGGUCUUAAAUGGUUCAAAUGACAUAUUGUCAUUGAUUUAAAUCGCCAGGAAGUGUCGAAUUUAGGUUUGACAUACAUGUACUUCGGUUCAUCAAACUGAUUCAAGUGUUGAAAAUAGUUAUUAUUGGUAUUGGUACAUUACUAUCAUUAUGUCUGGGUCAAAGUUAAGUAAUCAAGAUAGGAAAGACUUGGAAAAAUUUACCAAAUUUCUCAUCUACAAGAGUUUGCAGAUCAUAGUUCAGUCUAGACUUGGAGAAAAAAUAUCAACUAAAUCAAAACUUAGUGCAACAGGAGCAGAUUGGUUCAAUUUGGCAAUCAAAGAUAUCUCUGAAGUUCACAAUGAGGCAAAGAAAACACUGGCAGGACAGAAAACUUUAUUAGGACAAAGUGUGUGUGUUGAAAUAUCCUUAAAGACUGCUGACGGAGACACAAUGAUUCUAGAAACAUGGUUCAUCAGUCUUAAUCAUGAUAGCUGUGAUCCUAAUGUCAAAGUAUCAUAUGCUGUGUACAACAGGAUGAGUAUUGCGCUAAAAUCCUUGUUAAGUGUGUCACGUGUGACACCUGCCUACAAAUUAUCAAGACAACAAGGUGCUGAUGAUUUUGUGAUUUGUUACAAGAUUUAUAACGGAGAACCUCAGUUUUUCAUGCUUGGAGACGAUUACAAGACAGCAAAGGUUGGAUCUGUCCCUACACCAGUUGGAACCAUCAAUAUAAAUUUAGCAUAUAGGACAAAACUGUUAAUAACUCCCCAGAAAACUAUGAAAGAAAUACCUUUUGAAGUUAAGGAUGACCAUUUUAAAAAGGACAACAGUCCUAAAAGACCCACAACCCCCAAGCCUUGCUCCUUGGGAUAUAAAAGAAAUGAGAGUGUAGCAGAUGAGUUAUGUCAGGGAUCUGAUGAUACACAGGAUUUCACAUUCACAAACAGUCCAGGGGAUAAUAUUCUAAAAAAUAGUCAAAUUCCACGAUCACAGCCGAUUGGGAUAAACAACACAUCACCGCGAAACCAUCAUGAUUCAAAAUCACACAGCAAUCCGGAAAAACAGACAAGUUUUACAAGCUACCAGAAAAUAGGAGCAUUUGCUGACAACAAAAUUCAUCGGGACAGUAAAUCAGACAUUGAAGACAUUCCAUUUCUUAAUCUUAUACAGGAUGAUAUAAAAAUAGAUGACAAAACUGUGCUUAAUGUGAAAGAACUGUCGAAAUCGUCAAAAUCCAGAAAUGAUUCAUGUGAUAGUGACAGGAGAGAGUCCUCCAGUCAUGCAAGUGGUGACGGUGAAAAACUACAUGAGAGUGUUCUGUCAAAUCAUAGUUCUAUCAGUCAAGAAUUACCUCCAGAUGAUUUUGUAAUGGUCGAGUUGAAAACACCAUUUGCUGGUGCGGACCCCAACACCGACCUUGGAAAGUUCUACAGAGAUUUUUCAUUAGCACCCAGUCUGAACAUGUUCACAGAAGAACCUACAGUUGGUGAAACAUUAGAACAAAUUACAGACCAGUUAAGCAUGUUUGAAUCUAAUGUAUAUGAAUUUGACUCAUUCAUAGGAGAAGUUGUGGAAUCUUCACCGGAAUGAAUGCAAAAGUUGUGGAUUUUUUACCAGAAUGAAUGCAGAAGUUGUGGAACCUUCUCGGAAUGAAUGCAGAAGUUGUGGAAUUUUCACUGGAAUAAAUGACUAGUAGGAGAAGU